AUGACCGCCGCCGCUGCUGAAAUUUCGGACUCCACCCCGACCUCCGCGGGAUCGGAGUCGGACCUUAAUUCUGCUAACGUAUCAGCGGUUCAGUCCUCGUCGGCUGCUCUUACUACUGCCGAGGGUGAUCUGAAGGAAUCGCAACCUGUCGCUCCUAAGACUCCUACUGAUGCAAAGAAGGAGGAAGAGGAGAAGAAGGAGGAGGAGGAGGAGAAGGAGGAGGAGGAAGAGGAGGGAGAGAAGAAGAAGAAGAAGAAGAGGGAGGUAAAGGAGGAAGAGAAGAAGGAAAAGAAGGAAGAAGAGGAGGAGAAGAAGGAGAAGGAGAAGGAGGAGCAGUUAUCUGAAAAGCCGGAGUCCAGCAAAGAAGUAGCAUUACUGACGGCUGAGUCGCAUGAGAUCCCUACUCAGGAAACCCUAUUGGAUGAUACUUGCAAGACAAGUGUGGACCCCGGAAAGGAUUAUGCCCGCGCGGGUGCUAAGACCGACGACUCUCGCGGUGCUGAAGCUGAGGGUCGUAAAGCACAAUCGAAAACGCAUAAGCACAGGCGUCGUACUCCCACUGAUGGCGCGGCGUCUGCUAAAGGGGCAUCUCCAACCAGGGCUGAAGUGCAAUCAAAAUGUGAACCCCAGACUACUACCCCUUCUGAACCCACCAUGUUGGGCUCCGAGGUGGUCGGUGAUGACGGGGUGGCUGGGUCCCAGCCACAGGUACAAUCGCACAAAGGCAAAAAGCGAACUCAAGCAAAAUCUGCCCAUGAUUCCGCGGUGCGCAAAUUAGAAACAGAGUUUCAACAGACGCAUAUUAAGGAUGCUACUUUGGAAGGCGUCAAUAAGCGUCAGGACGAUGACCACACAAAACGAAGCGAGAGUCCAAACUCCGAAAGCAAAAGUGAAAGGAGUGAAUCUCCCGCUAUAUUAUCUUCCUAA